GCCCUCGGCCGGAGGGUCUGCGCCUGCGCGAGUUCGGCUCUGCCUGGCCCCGCCUGCAGCUCGCCGGGGCGACUGCGCACGCGCGGCUGGUUAGAGGCAAGGUGAAAUGAGUGACCUGGAAGAUGAUGAGAGCCCCCAGCUUUCUGCCCACACCUUAGCAGCUCUCCAGGAGUUUUACGCUGAACAAAAGCAGCAGACUGACCUAGGUGGGGAUGAUAAAUAUAACAUUGGAAUAAUAGAAGAGAACUGGCAACUGAGCCAGUUUUGGUAUAGUCAGGAGACUGCUUUGCGACUCGCACAGGAAGCCAUUGCCGCUGCUGGCGAAGGUGGCAGAAUAGCGUGUGUGAGUGCCCCCAGCGUGUACCAGAAACUCAGAGAGCUGCACAGAGAAGACUUUUCAGUAUACAUCUUUGAAUAUGACAAAAGAUUUACCAUAUAUGGAGAGGAGUUUAUCUUCUACGAUUAUAAUAAGCCAUUGGAUUUACCUGAAGAAAUUUCUGCACAUAGUUUUGAUAUUGUAAUAGCGGAUCCUCCCUAUCUUUCUGAGGAAUGUCUCAGAAAAACGUCAGAAACCAUCAAGUACCUGACUCGGGGCAAGAUCCUGCUGUGCACUGGUGCCAUCAUGGAAGAACUGGCAGCAGAACUCCUUGGAGUGAAGAUGUGCAAGUUUAUUCCAAAACAUACCCGAAACUUGGCAAAUGAGUUUUGCUGUUAUGUGAAUUAUGAAUCUGGGCUAGACUGUGGUCUCUAAAUACAGACAGUAACAUAACACAGUAAAAGACCCCUGACACAUUU